AUGACUGCACGUGGGAGAGCUGCUCUCAGUAUAUUGCUCCUGCUCACUGUGGCCCAGGCUCCACUGGCUGUGACAGCAGGGAAGAUCCUCGUCUGGCCAGGAGAAUUCAGCCACUGGCUCAACAUCAAAGUGAUCAUAGAUGAACUAAUAUCCAGAGGACACAGUGUGACUGUUGUUACCCACAGUGCUACACCCUCUGUAAAGACAACUGAGCAUCCGGGCUACAAUGUGGAUGUAAUACAGGUGCCUUACACUAAGCAGGAUAUCAUUAACAUCAUGUACAGAUUUCGAAGGUACUGGACAUACGAUCUGCCCAAAGAUAACAUUCUCCAGGCAUCUCUAAAGCUCAAAGAGCUGACUGAUGUGACCAUGGAACAUAAAACGAUACUGUGCAGGAAGCUCUUUGCACAUGGAGAUCUCCUAGAGAAGUGGAGUAAGGAACAGUUUGAUGUUCUUCUGACAGACCCCAUGACUAUGUGUGGAGAACUGCUGGCACAGAAGCUGGACCUGCCAUUUAUCAUCAGUCUGAGGUUCUCAUUUGGAAGUGCUGCAGAGCGACUCUGUGGACAGCUACCAGCACCACCCUCUUAUGUGCCAGGGGUUGGCAUCAAGUACACGGAUAACAUGGGUUUCCUCCAGAGAGUGAAAAACCUUUUAUAUAUCUUCACCCAAGAUCUUCUGUUUAGGUUUGUGGCUAAAAUAAAAUGGGAUUCUAUAUAUACCGAGAUCAUGGGCUUCCUAUCAGGCACUGUAUACUCUGAUCCACUGGACAAUAUUUUUCUUCCACAACUGACAUAAAACUCCUAAAACUGGGAUUCUCUACCAGGAACAAGGGAUGGU